UAUCUCUCCCAUGGCAAGAAUUUAUCCUCAGACCCCAUCCUCCUCCUCUUCACCAUCUUCUUCAUCUUACAUCACCUCAAAGCGUGAGACGUUUACAGUGUGGAUGAAGUCUCUUGUCUUCCAUGGCAAUGGAUGCACUGUUUUCGACUCUAAUGGUGAGAUUGUGUACAGGAUUGAUAACUACAACAGAAAAUGCAGCAGAGAAGUUCAUCUCAUGGAUCUCCAUGGCAAAGUACUCUUCUCUAUCAGACGAAAGAAAUUUUCAGUUUUUGGACAGUGGGAUGGCUACAGAUGCAACAACAGUGAAGUGGUUUGUGAAGAAGUACUAUGCUUUCGAGUUAGAAGAAGUUGGAACGUUUUGGGAGGAGACUCGAAAAGCUACUAUGUCAAUCCAGCUUCAGAUCAACCACAAGAGAACUGUUAUGAAAUCAUUGCAUUACCUGGAAAAUCAACAUUCAAGAUUGUCAAUAGAACAAGAGUAAUAGCAGAGGUGAAACAAAAGCAGGACAAUUCUGGAGUUACUUUUGGGAAUGAUGUGUUAACUUUGAUGGUAGAGCCCCACUCUGAUCAUUCUCUAGUUAUGGCUCUUGUGACAGUCUAUGGAUUGAUCAACAAAAAACUAUGAAAGAGAUUCUGUACUCAUUUAUACAUUUAUAUUGACAAAUACGUAUAUGUGAAGGAAACUUACAUGAAUCAGUCAGAGGAUAGUAGCAUACACUGUUUAGAUCCUCAAAGAAAUUCUAACCAAUUAUUUUCUCGUCAUCA